AAACAGUCAACAAACAAGACAGUGUACAAUAUUCCUUAGUUAAGACGAGGAAAAGAUAUUGAACAAUACAAGUUUUGUUAGCAGCUACUGUUUAUUUAUGAAAUAUCCAAGAAAAUGAUUCACAACCGAUUCUUGUAAAAUAAAUAACAGAAUCAGUUUUACUGGAUGCAACUAACUGUCUUGGAUUAAACAAAUCUGAAUUCAAAACAAAUGAAGACCAACUUCAGCUUACAAAUUUUAAUUUUGGCUUUACUUUUGGAUCUUGUGUACACCAAAAAACAUCACGUAGGACCAUGUUUGGUGGUGGCAGAGCCAGAGCCAUGCCCUGACCCAGACUAUAUACAGUUAUAUUUGUAUACCAGAGAAAAUCCUGAAAAUGGACAAUACAUUGAAUUCUUCGAGUCAUCAGACAACCUAACAUCUUCCAACUUCAAUCCAAAGAACCCAAACAAAAUAAUCAUCCAUGGUUUUAAUACUGAUAUGAAUUUAGACGUUCUGCAAAAUAUUAAGGCAGAAUAUCUGAAGCAGAAUGAUGCAAACAUAUGGAUGGUCAACUACCCUAAACUGGUGGAGAAGUCAUGGUGCUACCUUACAGCUAUUGUCAACAUAGAACACGUAGGAAAGUGUUUGGCUCCGGUAGUGACAGGGUUGCGCCGACACAAAUCCAACGAUAUACACAUCAUAGGCUUCAGUCUAGGGGCACAAGUCGCUAACUAUUUGGCCAACACUCUGGGGAAAAAUAAACUUCCGAGAAUAACAGGCUUAGACCCUGCAGGCCCUGGAUUUACGCUGAUGAGUAAGACUCGUAGACUUGAUCCUAGUGAUGCCAAAUUUGUCGACGUGAUUCACACAAACGGCGGCUUGCAGGGAGACAUUCAAACUUGUGGCCACAUUGAUUUCUAUAUGAAUGGAGGAAUCACUCAACCCGGGUGUUUUGAUGAUAAACAAGAUUUUCUCAACUGUAAUCACCGUCGAGCUACAAUAUACUUUGCCGAGUCCAUCAACAGCAAAGUUGGUUUUCUCGGUUGGAAAUGCAAAGGAUAUUUGGAUUAUAUCCGUGGUAAAUGCAAACCCAAAACCACUAUGGUUCUGAUGGGGGAACACUGUUCUGCUGGAAGUACUGGUCUGAUCAUCGCCUACACUGCCUCAGAGAAACCUUUUGCCCUAGGCAACUGGACUAGUGCAUCUUACCACAAAAGACUACCAAAACUGGAGUUUACCGAAUUCCCAAAUGAUAGCAGAUCACUUUCGUCAAAUAAUCCAGUACAAAGGAUAUUUCUAGAUUAUUACCUAAUUAGACAGCUGAACAUCACACACAGUCUAUCGUAAAUACUGCGAAACCUUGAUGAAUCAAAUUUUAAUGUAUCAAAUUUAUCAAUGCAUUAAAAACCUUCAACCACUCUACUUCAAGAAAUGGAAGAUCUAAUUAAAAAGAAAUACUGUGAAUUAAAACUUAAUGAUUUGAGCUUUUUGCACAACUUUUACUGUAGACCCUCUCUUAACUGAUCCUUGAUCAAACCUGAUUAACCACUAUGCCUGGGUAAAACUUGUUGGUUUGACUGACAUUCUCUUAAAAUCUAGAGACUUCCGUCAUUGACUAUUGGAUACUGAAGCUGUAUUGAUAGUCAAAGCUUCAGUUUAAUAUAGAUAUCCAUUGCAGUAAUAGCACAAAAACUUGUACGUGCAGGUAUAGUUUUGUUAUAAACCUCACUUUUCAAGUAAACUUUAGUGUACGGCUAGACAUAAAUCUAUCUAUUGUGAAUAAUUUCAUUGCAAUAAUAUGUCAAAGAAUUUAUAAAUACGGAGCUAUAAGGUUGAAAUGUGUUCCGAUUCCUUAAGUAAAAACUAGUAAGUCCUAUUUCCUGUCUAGUUUUUAUCUUCUCCAUUAAAUUUUCUGUAUGUAACUGCUUUUACAGCAAAACUUCAGAAUUUGUUCACCAUAUCGCAUUAUACAAAAGUCUGAGUUAUUUUAUUGUUUCAAAAUUAAAUCCUUGAAAAAUACUCAAUUAGUUGAAUAAUGUAAAAUCAUCAAGGUGUUACUGUGCUUUAAAAUUUAACUAACGAAGAACAAACUAACAGACUGACUAUAAUUUAUUUAAUUUUUUUUAAUAAACAUAAAAGAGAACACAA